AUGAGAGCUGCCUUCCUUUUUAAGGAUAACACAAAGUACAGUUGGUGCAUCUCCAGGGGGACACAUAGGGCGUUCGAUUGGAUCAGACAUCCAGUCAGGAAGCGCUUUUUCGCAAAACUGAAUGGUAGAAGUGGCUCGCAGUGGGUUAGCCACGAGGGGGAGAACGAUGGGAAAGACGGUGAGGAAUAUGAAGGGGACCCCCCUGGGGAAGCUUCCCUAGAGGGUGCCGCCCCUCCGCAACACCUCGAACCAAGCGGACGUACAAAAAUAAAAGACAUUCUUCGGGCCCAAGUCACUCACAGUGAAGGGAAAAAAUAUACAAUAUGCGGAUGGGUCAAGUCCGUGAGGACAGUCGGGAAGAAUCGCUUCUCCUUUAUUGACAUCAACGAUGGAUCCCACGUGAAAAAUCUGCAGGUCGUCGUCAACUCGGCGAUCCAAAACUACGAUGAAGUUUCGCGUCUGCUUACCGAUGACGCGGUGGAGUGCUUCGGGGAGCUGAAGUGCUCGUUGGGGAAGAAGCAGCAGGUGGAGCUCUGCGUGGAGGACGCGGCGAAGGCGCACUAUGUGAAGCUGCUCGGGAGGGUGGGCCAUGGGGAAAGAAGUGAAGACAGCAUCAGGGGGAGAAGUGAAGACAGCAUCAGGGGGAGAAGUGAAGACAGCAUCAGGGGGAGAAGUGAAGACAGCAACGGGGAGAAAAGUAGGCACAUCGCAGGGGAGCGAAGCCGAAGCGAUGAUGGCGGGCGCGACCCCCCCGGCAAGCACUACGCGAUCGCCAAAAAGUACCACACCAAGGAGCACCUGCGGAACUUCCCUCACCUGCGGGCCAGGACCAAACUUUACAGCAGCGUGUUCAGGCUGAAAUCCGACAUAGUGACGGAGACGUUUAAGUUUUGGAGGGAGAAGAACUGCACGUAUAUCAACACGCCCGUGCUGACGAGCAACGACUGCGAGGGAGGGGGCAAGUUAUUUCACGCGACCACGCUGAUGUGGGAGGUGGGCCAGAGGGGGACGGAAGCGGUGUCCAGGGGGAGCAGCGGUGAUGCGAGCGGUCUCGAUGGGCGCGGUGAUGCAACGGGGCCCAAUGAAGGCGCCGAUGCAACUGCCCCGGAUGGACGAAGCACUGAGGAAAGGUGCACUGGCGAGCUCUUCCAAGGGGACGACCCCCACCAGGGGAGCCCCCCUUUCUCCCGAGACUUUUUUAAAAAACCGUGCUACUUAAACGUGUCGAGCCAACUAGCCCUGGAGUGCCUCUGCUGCUCCAUGGGAGAUGUGUUCACGCUGAAUCAGUCCUUCCGGGCGGAAAAUUCAAACACAGUAAGACACCUCAGCGAGUUUCUAAUGCUGGAAGUGGAGUUGGCCUUCUCCAACUUAGCAUCCAUCAUCUCUUUGGCGGAAGAAUACAUCAAAGCGAUGGUAAAAUUCGCUCUCUACAGUUCGGAAGACAUCGAUUACAUCAAUGAGCAUCACGAUCAGAGAUUGAAGCAGAAGCUGCGACAGGUAUUGGAAAAACCAUUCGCUGUCGUCACCUACGGUGAAGCCGUUAAGAUCGUGAGGGAGCACAUGGGUCAUACAGACCUUCCUACACAGAAAGGCGCCUUAACCGAGUUAACCGACUCAGCUGGCUCACCCGACUCAGCUGGCUCACCCGACUCAGCCGGCUCACCCGACUCAGCCGCCUUACCCGACUUAACAUUUGCGGAGGAGAGAUUCCUAACGGACGUGCACUUUUGCUCCCCAGUCAUUGUUACUAACUACCCACAGGAUAUUAAACCUUUUUACAUGGCUCUAAAUGAGGAUAACAAAACAGUUGCCUGUAUGGACGUCCUCCUUCCGGACGUUGGAGAAGUGGUUGGCGGGUCAGAAAGAGAAAUAAGGAUACACACAUUGGAGCGGAGGAUGAAAGAGAAGCGUCUGGAUCUACGAUUGUAUGAGCCAUACUUACAGCUCCGACGUUAUGGGAAUAUCCCUCAUGCGGGGUUUGGGCUUGGCAUGGAUAGACUUAUUAUGUUUCUCACCUCCAUGGGGAACAUCCGGGACGUCGUGCCGUUUCCGCGCGCCCCGGGUUCCCUCUUCAUGUAG